CCGGCCAGCUUCAGAGUGAAGUCUUAGGUUUAGCGCGCAACAACUCACCACGACACACGCUAGUAACUGGAAAAGGAAGAAAUAAAGAAACACACCCGAUAGUUUCUUUCUCAAAGUCCCAACACAUUUUGAAUCGAAAAAAAAAGCAACUUACUCACGUCGUACAACUUCUGUCCCCACCAGUCGUCUCUCAUGGCUGGCAAGUCGUUGGACGUCCUGGUUGCUGCCCCUCCUUUUUCCCAACGUUUUCCCUAAACGUGCACAACAUUGACCGAAAAACAGGAAGGAAUUGGGACUUAGAAAUUUGACGGGACUUAGCCGCAGAACAAGAAGACACGUUUCACACACACACUCGCAAGUGUUUGGAAAUCCCCAAGUCUCUUCUUCUUCUAUAUCCCAAAAGGAUCUCGUGGUGGUGUGUGUUGGCAACAUCCAUCGGCUACGACGACGACCGAUAUACCUCGACAAUUUGAAGCCAUAACUUCUGUCUCUGUAUGACCGACAGUGCUCUCGCGUGUUAUUUCUCACUUGUGUCACAGUGUCUUAAAGAAAGAAAAAGUGUUUUGUUGUUCGCCAUCGUUGAUUUGUUUUCGUCAGAAGCCAUCUCCCGUUUCUGAGAUUCCCCCUCGCCCAACUCUUAAAUUGAAUUGAAUCCAUUCGAAAAGUUAACUCUUCAUCCGUUUCCAAAUGAGAGAAAGAAAGAGCCGAAGAAGCGCCACGACGACGACGAGCGACAGCAGCGCCAUGGUUCCUCAACAGCAGACGAAUGGCAGCAGGGCCGAUAGUCCCAGCAACCACGUACCGAAAUUUGGCUCGCAACUUGUGGAUAGAAAAUCUUCAACGCCAUACUCGGAUGCCACUCAGACGAAGAAGAACAACCCGAACCACAUCAAGCGACCGAUGAACGCGUUCAUGGUGUGGUCUCAGAUUGAGAGGCGCAAGAUCUGCGAGAUCCAGCCGGACAUGCACAACGCCGAGAUCUCCAAGCGGCUGGGCAAGCGCUGGAAGACUUUGUCGGAGGAGGAGCGUCAGCCGUACAUUUCCGAAGCCGAGCGGCUCCGUCAGUUGCACAUGCAGGAAUACCCCGACUACAAGUACAGACCGCGCAAGAAGGCCAAGUUGAGUACGAGCGGCAGCGCCAGUCCGUCCUCGUCCUUGUCGCCGUCUUCAUCUUCCUCGUCGCACGCCAUGCCGGCCAGCCCCGUCAGCCACUCGAGCAACAGCAAUAGCAGUAUCGGCAGCGGUGGUGGCGGCGGUGGCCUCAGCAGCCUCAAGGCACUUGGCGACCAUCGAAGGACAAUGACGUCGUCCAAAGGCCGGACCAGCAGCGCCGUGGUGACUUCGGGACCUUGUGGCACUCUGCUGACGACGAACCACACGAAUAACAACAGCCACAGCACUCCCAACCAGAAUGGCCAUCACCACGGGUUCGCCUCGCUGGCCAAGAUGACGUCGUCCUCGUCGUCGUCGUCGUCGUCACGGGCGCGCAUCACGCAAACCUUGGGCGGCCUCAGCACCGUCAAUCACAACCGCCUCAAGUUGCGUCUGACGAUCGACCGCAAGUUCAAGGAGAGCAUCCGCAACAGCAAAAACGUCCCAACGGCUCUGCUGGCCGUCAGCACUAAGUCGUCGACGACGACGACGGCAGUUGCACAACCGCCGGCCAAAGUUCCGUCGAGCCCCUCGUCGGCCUCGUUCCCCGACUCGCCUGCCAGUCUGACCAUGUACGAGGAGUCGUCUGCUGGACACCACCACCACAACAACCACCACCUCCACAACGUUGCCGUAGUCAGAGGAGACUCGCCCAUCUCUGGAUUGAUCACUCCACCUACCUCUUCUUCAUCAUCGUCGCCCAGCAGCAACAGCAACGGCGGCUCCGGCGGUCAAUCGCUUCUCAGCCUGGGCUCGUUUGGCAUCAAGAGCGAGCCCGGUGUCUUGGUGGCCACUUUGACUCCCGAGCCGGACGUCGAGUCGGACGACAUGGACGAAUCGCCCAGUCACCACCAUUUCGGUCUUCAAUCGAUGGUCGGAGGCGUCAACGGUUGCAACAACGGCGGCGGCGGCGGCAGCGGCGGAGUGGGCGGCAAAAGUGGCGACUCGACUCACUCGUCGAUGCGCAUCAAACAGGAGCCGAGUUUGAUGAUGAGUUCGGCCAGCGGAACUGGCGAGUCGUCGUUGGCCGAUUUGGACUCGUUGACGGAUCUCUUUUCCCUGCCGUCCGACAUGAAGCUGGACAUUGACACGUUGGCCGCCGACGAUCUCGACUCGAUCGAUUCGGCCUCCCUUUCAUCCGGCUCCCAUUUCGAGUUCUCCUGCACGCCUGACGUCAACGACAUGCUCAUGGAUAUCGGCGUCUCCAACGACUGGGUCGACAAGAGUUUCGCCAAUCUCAUCGACUGCUAGACGUCCCAGGCCGGCCGGAAGGAAGCAAAGAAGAAGAAGAAAAAGAAAAGAAAAAGGGUAGUAGUGUGCCCUUUGGCUUUUUCAUCAACCCUUUACUAGCUCUCCUUAUUGUGCUCUGCUGGCUGCUGCUGCUGCUGCGUGUCAUCCAAAUCCACACAGAACCACACAACCGCGUUCACACACACAACUCCACAACCCCCCCCCCCUCCUUUUUUUUCUUCUGUUUAUGUCACUCUCUCCCCGUGUGUGUGUGUGUGUGAUUGUCAUUAUUAUUAUUUUUUUUUAAAGAAAAAAAAAUCACCUCUUCAACAUGAUCUCUUCGUUGUCGGCCGCUCCGAAAUAUCCUACACAACAACAUCGUCGUUCCCCCCUUCCCCACUCCCUACCGAAGAAAAACCCCCCACAAGAAAAUAAAAAAAUUACCCCCGUGAGAAAAGGACUAUGCGGAGCUCAAUGUCCUUUCCAGGUCCCCCCCGUCAUCCGAUCGAAAGAGAAAAGAAGAGAGUAGUCGACGAAACCCCCCCCGAUUGCGAGUGUGCGUGUAUGUGUGGAAAUUCUCACCAUCCCCUCAUUUCCCAUAGUCAUAAUUGUUAACCUCAUUCUAGAAAAGAUAAAAACAAAAAAAGCAAACAAAACAACAAAAAAAAAGAAUAAUAAUAACGCGAGUGUCGCCAAUCUUUUUCUGAUGGGAUUGAAAUCAACCAAACGUACUUCCCCCACACACUUUUAAUUUUUUUUCGAAAAUUAUUAUUAUUAUUAUUUUUUUUCGCCCCUUGUUUUAUUUUGGAUUUUCGGGGAGGGAGUUAUUUCGUCCAUUUUUCGUGAAAAAGGGAGAAACAAAAAUGUGUCGCUGAUUUCUUGUUUUAAAUUCGUGAGUUGGUGGGGUUGGUUCUACUUUUUGGGUGUGUUCGAAAUUGUUUGAACAGCUCGUUUCCUUUGCGGGUCUCGCCAAUGUAAAUAUAGACUCGGAAAACAGCAUUAAAAGAAGUGAAAGAGAUUCUUCAACCCCCCUCCGAUACACACACACACACUAUUAUAAUAUAUACAAAAAAUUGCAUAUACAAAUGAGAAAAUCCCAACAAUUCCCGGGGCCUGACGUGAUUCCCCCCUACCCCCUUGUGCAGGAGAGGAGUCGUGCAGAGGAGAAGAGAGAGAGCUUGCCGUAGGGUGUCGGCCUUUAAAAAAAAAAGAAUUAUUCUUUUGUGUGUGUCUUUUGUUUUUUUUUUUUAAUCCCUCCCCGCAAAAAAUUUUGUCACCUGAGAAAAAAAAAAGAUUUGCGUGUGUAAUCCCGAUUUUUCUUUCUUUCUUCUUGAUUUUACCAGAGAAAAAAAAAGAGUAAAUUUUUUUCUUUGUGUGUGUGUGUAAUCAUCUCUGUGUAAUUUUUAAAUGAUACGAAAGCUGUUUUGUGGGUACCGGCAGCAAGCAGGGAUAUUUUUUCCUUCCUUAUUCUUUAUAUUUUCAUUUUUUUUUUUAAUUGAAAAGAAAAAGUUGAGGGGGAAACAAAUUUUUCAUCUCAUCGCUAUUUGCCCCUUCUACUCCCCUGAAUAAUAAUACCCUCCCUUUACAAAAAAAAAAUUUAUUUCACAAUGUUUACCUGAUUCAUCGAAAAAAAAGGAAAAAACAGUCCACCACCUCAGCUCGUCUGCGUCACGCACGCACACACGAUUCCCCCCUCCCCCUCGUAUAUGUUUUCACACAUGGCGUUUAUAAUUCUCCCCCAAAAAACUUGUUUUUCCCUUUUUUUAACCAUUAAAUACCUGUUGAUUAUUUGAAAAAAAAAAGCAAACAAAAUUUUUCGAGAUUUUUUUAUUCAAACACAAAUAUUUUUUUUUUUUUUUAAUAUUUUGGCCAAGUCAGGUCUCACUUUUAACUGUGAAACCACAGCAGAACACACACCUACAUACACCAUACAGACACAUUUUUUAAAAUUAAAAAGGAGGAAAUUCGUUUUGAUUUCAAUCAAACGUUUCAUUUGGGGAUUCAUUCGUGGGAAGUGUUAAAAUACAAACGAACAAAAUAAACAAAACACAAAGUGUCCGAGAUAUCGAACAAGGAAAAAACAAAGUGUCACGUAGAAAGUAGAUGAAAUAUUUUUUCAAAAAUCGGGGUCAGAAGUUGUUUUAGAGAAAUUACAUCCAAAACCGCAUUCAUAUUUGCUGUAUGUGUCUGUAUGUGUUGAGAGAGAAGGGAGCGGUCGAUUAUUAUUUUUAAAUGGUUUUUUAUUUGGAAAAAAGAGAUUCUUUCUCUCUCUCACCCUCGCUAUCGACGUCUUUCGCAUCGUCUCCGACACAUUCGCGUCAAAUCUUUUUUUCUUUUUGGGUUACAUCCGUACAGUACAAUCCCUCCUCUUCCGCAAAAGACGGACAUUUCCCCCCUCGUUGAAUUUUUUUUAAAACUAAAUAUAAAAAGCUCAUCGUUCAUCCAAGUCAAACAAUUCCUCCGAGUUCUCUCUCUCUCUCUCUCUUCUUGAAAAUUGUUACAAAAUAUUUGGAAAAACAGAAACAAGAAAAAUUGAUUUGUGUGUGUGUAUUGUGUUGUGUGCGGUGUGGCAGAAGUGAAACAUUUUUUUGUGUUGAAUGGGAUAAAAACCGAUUUGACAACAACAAAAAAAAAACAUUCAGGUAUUUGCCUUUUUUGGUUCUAUGUUUUCGCUACUUUUUUUUUUUUUUUUUAAUUUCCCGCCUGUGGAGGAGCAAAAAUUUUCCGAUUCGUGUUUUCAUCCAUCCCCAGUCUCCCAUGUUGUGUGUGUGUGUGUCGGGUAUUGAAAAUAUGGAGCCAACCGACUGAGUGCUACAUCUGAUACCGUACAUUUUUUUAAAACAAUACCUGAGGCUGGCUACCACCACUAUACCCCCCUUUGUGUACAUAUAGUUAUACAUACACACAUACAUAAUAAUCGUCACCAAAUUUUUAAAUAUAUAUACUAAUUGCUGCUGCUGUUGUAUCUGUGUGCUGCUGACGUGUGUUUCUGUGUGUGUGUGGGGGGGGGGGAUCUUUGCACUUGCCAAAAGAAACAAUUGCCAGUCGGUUUUUCCAUCCAUCGACCGUGUGUGAAACAAACACACACACACACACACACUCGGGCAGAACACAAAAACAAGAAAAAAAUUUUCUAAUAAAAGCUUUCUUUUGAUCUGCGCUUCACGAAAAGUUUUUUUAGUUUUUUAUUAUUAGAUCCCGACAAAAGAAUUGGGAGAUCUUAUUUAUUUUUUUUUUUGUAAAAAAAAAAUCCCCUCCCCCCACCACCCCUCCACCUUUUUAUUCGUCCCGCAAAAAAACAAAACAAAAUAAAAUUUUCGGUGAAUCGUUCGCUUUUGUAAUUUCUGUCAUUUCGAUUUGAUUUUUUUUUUUUUUUUUCGUUUGGUCGACAGCCACACGAAUUCCUUGCAUAAAUUUGCUCUUUGGUUGAUAUCCAAAGGUGGGGGGGUGUUCCCCUAUUUCCUUUUUGUUUCUCUGGAAGGAAGAUGAACAAACAAAACAAACAAACGCGGGGCAUUGUUUGCGAGCCGAUGUCGUUCUCUCCUUUAUCCCAUCAUUCGUCAUCAUUAUUUCCCUUCCUUUUUUUUUCUUUUAUUUGAGUAUUAUUAUUAUUACAUGUCGACAGAAUAGUGUGUGUGUGUGUUUCAAAUUUAUCUUUUUUGUUAAAAUAUUAGAGAGGAGUUGUACAUAUAUACAUGAAAUGCGAAGGAUGCUUUUUCGAAUGACCAUUUCGGUUUUCUAUGUGUGUCUUUUGUUUGUUUUUUUCUCGCUAUCUCAUCUGAUUGUGUCUCUCCCCUUUUUGUAUAAUUUUUCCCGGACCCUCCGCUCGUCGCCGGAACCGCCCGGAAGCUCCCAUUUGGGGGAGAUUCUGGUCUUGUGUGUGUUUUUGGCUGGGGAAGAAAGGAAGGAAAAAAACCGGAAACACGACACAAUAACUCUUGUUGUUUUCUUUUUUUAUCCCUAAAACUUUUUUUUCGUUUCCCUUAAAAAUCCAAAUACGGCGAAACAAAACACUGACGCAAAAAUAUUAUCAUCAUUUUUUUGUGUUUUAUGCCUCCAGAGAAAAGAAUCCCAUCAAUCUUUUUUUUCAGCCGUUUCCUUCUGCCCUUGUACGGUCGUUUCUUUUUCUUUUUAUUUCUAUAUCGAAAAAAAAACACGUCUAAUAUUUCGACACACACACAAAAUUACCAACGUACAUGUAUUUUGUCGCGAUUAUUGUUAAUCAACACUUUUUUUUCAAUUGUUGGAAAAGUAAAAACAAAUGGCAUUCUUGUAUUUGUUUUUCUUUCUGGAUUCCUCGUCAUCACUCUGGAACAUCCUUAUUUUGUAAUUUUCUGCGCUGGGGGGGUUGAAACAAAAAUUUUAUUUUUUUCUUUUCAAUUAAUUCUGUGUGUGUCGACCUCCCCUUUAUAUGAUAUGUGUGUGUGCGUAUAUAUAUAUAUAUGAGUUCUCUGUAUGUGUUGGCCGAGAAAGAUUUUUCUGUUGCUCUUGUAUCAUAUUCAUCUAUGCAUAUAGUUCCCCUCUCCCAACCAGCUCCACCUCAUUCCCCCCUCCCCCCAAUCUCUCAUGUAAAUUUUGUAUCGUAGGUCUCUCUCUCUCUCUCCCUCUCUACAUGCAUAUAUAGCCUAUAUGGUAAUACAUUUAUCCAUUUUUUGAAACA